CUGCUCGCGACGACAAAUGGGCGCGCAUUCUCCUGUGACGAACGUCUUAGGGCCGUGUUUCCCUGCGCAAUAUUUCCUGUCGCGCAUAUCACGAAAAUUGACCCAGCGCCAACUUCGCCCCUGGACCUCUCAUUUCGAACAAUGAAAUGCAACUUCCGUAUCGCUGUCAGGCUAUAUUGUUUCAUUCUCGUCAUUGCCCUGUUGUUUCUCGUGCGUGUGUUGGCAGAUAUCCUAGAUCAAUAUAGCGGGGGUUUAUACUUGAUUGAUUCCAUUAUCACGCGUUUCCAUUCUUUAUCCCUCGAUUUGCCCAGUGACGCAACAAACCCCUUCAAUGUCGAGGUGGGUGAUAAAAUCAUUGUCAUGGCAAAGCUGGAGGAGGAGGAUACCGAUUGGGUACAGGAUGAGCUUCCAGACUGGCAACGAGCGAUAUAUGUCGUAAACCCCUCUCAGAAGACGCUCAACGAUCCUAAUGCCCUCACGGUCCCAAGAAACAAAGGUCGCGAAUCCAUGGCGUACCUCUCCUACAUCAUCGACAACUACGAUAACCUUCCCCGCACCAUCGGCUUCCUCCACGCGCAUCGCUCUGGCUUCUUACAGGCAUGGCACGUCGAUGCGCCGCUACACGACAACGUCAUCGCCAUGCGCACGCUCCGGAUCGCCUACGUCCAGCACAGCGGAUAUGUUAAUCUGCGCUGCAACUGGAACCCCGGCUGCAAGAAGGAGCACAGGAUCAAUCGACAUGUGACGGACGAGGUGUGGAUGGAGCUUUUCUCGGGGACAAGCACCCCGCCGCAGAAUUGGUCCGCGACAACGGCAGAGGGAGGAAGGGGAGGGGGGACUUCAGCAGACACAGUCGACGACGGAAGCCGUCCCUUACUGCAAAGCACGGAUAACCCGACAGAGAUAGCGGCAGCGUGCUGCGCGCAGUUUGCCGUGUCGCGCGACCAGGUCCUCAAGAGGCCGGUGGAGGAUUAUAUGCACUUCCGCGACUGGGUUAUGGCGACGGAAAGGAAUGAUGCGAGUAGUGGUCGCGUCAUGGAGUACAUGUGGCAUAUAAUUUUUGGGAUGGAUGCUGUGUUCUGCCCUGACGAACACCUCUGCUACUGUGCAGUUUACGGACGAUGCAAAUGACAGGCAACCAAAGCAGACACUCGGCGGAUAAAUUAUAUAAAUUAUCAUAUCUUCGAUAACAAUCAUAAUCGUAAUCAUAAACAGGCAACCUUGCGCCAAGGAAAGGGGAUGUUGAGCUUCCUCAUGGUCGAGAAGCUAUUUAAUCAUGGAAUUAUCACGAACCUCUGGGUGUUGAGAUAUUCUCUCUUUUGUCCCUGUUUCUCCCCUUCCUCUCAAUUCACAAUCGAUUAUCCUUUGCUUCUUUUC